CGUCCGCGCGCCGGGAGCCGAUGGCAGCGGUCGCGCGCGCGGCGCCGCCCGCGGCGCGCGCGCGCGCCGGCGGCGCGAGUCGACGCCGCCGCGCCGACGAGGACGCGUCGCGCCUCCGACCGAGAGGGCGCCCUCCUCGCCUCCGCGCGUUCACCGACGCCGUCGGCUCCGUCGAGCGUCGGCACGACCUCCUCCUCGCGCAGGCCGCGUUCAAGCGCGCGCGGCUGCCGCUCGCGAACGACGACGUCGCGACCGUGCGACCGAUGCGCGCGGCGGACGUGCGAGCGCUCACGGAGGUCAUGUCCGGCGCGUUCAAGGGGACCCCGGACGAGCGCCCGCGCGCGCGCGUGGCCAAGUACCUCCUCGAUCAGCUCGAGCCGAACCCGGAGGAGAUCUGCCUGGUCGCCGUGCUCGGCGACGACGACGACGACGACGACGCGCGCGGCGAGGAGGACGGCGACGCGUCCCCCCGCGCGACCGCGACGCCCGUGGCGAUCGCGUCGCUGUCGUUCACCGCGCGCGCGCGCGGCGACCCCGCGAACGGCGGCGCGCGAUCCGACGCCGGCGCCGGGUCGCUGCCCGUCCCGACGGACGCGCCCUACCUCUGCAACAUGGCCGUGGACGCGGCGCACCGACGGAAGGGCCUCGCCAGGGCGCUUCUCAGCGCGUGCGACGAUCUCGUCGUGGAGAUGGGCGGCGCGGACGUGUGGCUGCACGUCAGAGCGAACGACGCCGCGGCGACGGCGUUGUACGAGAGCGCCGGGUACGACGAGAUGAAGAGGGAGAGCGCGAUGCGCCGGUUCUUCAGCGCGGACGGCGGGGGGGUCGUGCUGAUGCGGAAGGAGCUCGUUCCGGGGGGGGUGAAUGCGAUAUUCGACGCGUGACGGGCGACGGGGGGGGGGGACCGCCGACGGUGUCGUCGAACGAAACGAAACGCGCGCCGGUUCGCCAGUCUAUCGAACGAAUCUAUAUCAUUUCUACC